AAUCGAGUAAAAAAUCAAAAAAAUACUUCAUUUGUAUGAAGUUCGUCUGGCAGCUCUGCUGGUGUGUUAUGAUUGACUGUUGACUUGUAAUUAAUUUGAUAAAUAUUUAAAAACCAAGAAAGUUCAACUUUGCUCGUAAUCAAUGGUCUGUUUUAAAGUGCAGUGAAAUACAGUGGAUAUUAAUUUAAUGGACAGUUUCGGAACAUAGGCGGCGACCUUGAAAAGAUUCGAGCGAAAUAAUAGAAUGGCCAACUAUCAUCUGCACUCAAGUGAAACCAGCAUCUCGAUUCCGAGGAUCAUUACGGUUGAUAGUGUCAAUUACUAUGAGAUUUUGGUUAAAUGCGGUCACAUAAUGUGGACAGUCAAGCGGAGAUAUCGCGAUUUUGAUGAUCUGCAUAACAAGUUAGUUCAAGAGCGCAGCGUGUCAAAGGAUAAACUUCCACCAAAAAAAGUGAUUGGCAGCAAGAGUCCAAGCUUUAUUAAGCUACGCCAAGAGGCGCUUGAGCAGUAUCUCAAGGAAAUGUUGAUAUUCCUGAAGGUGACAAUGCCUAAAGAGUUUGUCGAGUUUCUUGACUUCCAUCGGUACGAUAUUAUAUUCAUAGCGCAUAAUCUUGCAAAUUCGUUUUUCUUGCGGGGUGAAACGUUUCUUGCCAAAUCGAAAAAGUAUGCAUUUUCCGUACUGGAGUUACAUGCCAUUAGUGAACGGUUAAAACUUCCAUGCCCGCCUACGGAAGCUGCUGAUAAUUGUUUAGACUUUUCCCACAUCAUGGAUUUUUGCUCUCAGCUGGAAACAGUUGUUGUGCUACCAACAAAGCAUAGCCUUCCGAUGAUUUUGUACGAUGAUGAUUCCGAGAAGUACAUUCCACAUGCCUUACAUAAACCAAUCGGCAGUAGCAAUUUGAUCCCGUCGCAGUUACGAUAUGAUCUCAGUGUGUUUAAAGCGCUUAAAAAUCUAAUCGUCUAUGGUAUCUCGACGGAGAAUAUUGAGAAUGUUGGUGGUCUUCGUGAAAGUUUGGUUCGAAUAGAAAUCUAUAAAAGCGAGGUAAAACACAUUCGACAAAUAGCGCUUUGCGAUGACAUCCACAAAAACAGCACGGAAGAGUUGGACCAAUUGAAGGUAACCCAUUUACAACUGCCUGGAGUCAACAUAUGCCUUAUCAGAACGUUUUUUCAGCAAUGGAAGAAUCUCAAACACGCCGCAUUCAAGGAAAACCAACUCACAGAAAUUGAUCAUGCGAUACGUUUGUUACCUAAAUUAAAAGAUUUGGUUUUAGACAAAAACCAAAUUGAAUGUAUCGGCCACCUCAGCCAUUUGAACAAUUUACAGACUCUCAGUUUACGCUGCAAUCGGAUAUCCGAAUGUCAAAACUGGCAUGUGCAGCUUGGUAAUCUAGUAAGCCUUAAUUUGUCACAGAAUCGCAUCCGGGAACUGGACGGAUUAUCCAAACUGUAUUCGCUUGUGAAUUUAGAUUUGAGUUGUAAUCAGAUCGAUGACAUAAAUGAAAUUGAUCACAUAGGAAAUUUACCUUUGUUGGAGAACCUGCGUCUCUUGGGAAAUCCGGUGGCAGGAAGCGUAGACUAUCGAGCCCGAGUCUUGUCUCGCUUUGGAGAGCGCUUACAGGAGAUCUAUUUGGACAAUGAAAAAGGAAAUCAGACGGAAUAUGACACAGCUUUGGUGUUAUCGGCACUGCGCAUCUCUGCUAAAAAUUCCCAACGUAAACUGCACAGUUUGUUGGAUUCAGCAUCUGCUGGCGAUAGUAACUGCCCCGGUACUAGCGGAUCGAGUGGGACAAGAUAACAUUAGCAUUACAAGGGUGUUUUUUUUUAUUAUUUUGUGUGUGUAAUUUUGUUAGAAAGCUUUCGUCUUUGUUGGUGUUACGUGAGGUAGGACUGUACAUAGUGGCACUAACGAAACAAUAUUUUAUUCAAAAUUUUUAUUGUUAUUUUCAUGACCUAUAAGAUUGUAAAUCAUCGCUUUUCGGCCUAAAGGCUAAGAUCAAAGUGUAGUAUCUGUUCUUAUCAGCUUAAUAUCUGAUCUGAAGAUUGAAAAUCGUAGAAGCUGCAUUAUAUGUGAAAUAUAUAACAAACAAC